CCCAAACUUUCCACAGACCGCUCCACUUCCAUUUGUUUACGAACAGCGCUGCAAAGCGGAGCUGCCGACUGAUAAGCGUCAGUGUAAGCGCAGCUGAUAACGGGCGGCGGAGUGGCGACCUACAGACGCCCGGACCGCGCAGGCAGAUGGAAACAGUUCGCACCGGUUCGCGCGAGUGUGCAGUAGAUGAUCCAGCAGCAGGAAUGGCGGCCACGAUCCAGAACAGCCUGAAGGUGGCGCUGCGAAAGCGCAUGAAGGAUGCAGUGAAGGACAUCGACGCGGAUGCCAUCGCCCGGCAGUCGCAGGCCGUCACGGCUAAGGUGCUGCAAAGCGAGAUCUUCCGGCAGGCGCAGCGGGUGAGCAUUUACCUGAGCACCGCCUCGGAGCUGGACACCACGGCGCUGCUGUCGGAGAUGUUCCGCCUGGAGAAGAUGGUCUUCGUGCCCACCUACGAGGGCAGGAGGAUGAAGAUGGUGCGGCUGCGCGGCAUGGACGAGUACGAGAGCCUGCCUCUGACCAAGUGGAACAUUAAGCAGCCGGACUUCAAGGAGGCACGCGAGGAUGCCAUGACCAACGGGCACGGCAUCGAUCUCUUCAUCGUGCCCGGCGUGGCCUUCACCCGCUGCGGAGCUCGGAUGGGCCAUGGCAUGGGCUACUACGACAAGUUCCUCAAGCAGCACGCGGAGAAGUAUCCGCACAAGAAGAUCUCGCUGAUGGCGCUGUCGCUCAACGAGCAGAUAGUCAGCAACGAGGAGCUGCCCAUGGAGUCGCACGACGUCCGUUUGCACAGUGUAAUUACGGAAAACUAACUUUGGGCUUACAUAUAAAGUGGGAAGUACAACGAACUAAUACAAAA